AUGAUAGCCAGUGAUCCGGAGGUGAGGGAAGUGAUCGAUUUUGACGUGAUACCGAAUGUUUUGAACCAGAAUUUCGAUGCCGAUUGCGCUUACGUAAACGUUUCGCAGUGGGGUAUUGCCGGCGGACGCGGUGCACCCGAACAAUUGUGGAGAGAAAAAGUCACUUACUCUCGACUUGCAAGGCAUGUUUCAACAGCCCUCUUUCGUUUUUGCUAUUCUGGCUUCCUUAUCAAGGCGGUAUACACGGGUCAGCUAAAUCCGGUCACCAUGAGGACUGCUAUACACGGCAAUGGAAAUUAUCUUGCUUUAAACUGCGUUUUGUAUCCCACAUGGCAUUCCCAAACACCGAUCGAAAACUAUAUGCCGAAGAGUUCUACUCUCGAUGCCGCCGAUAAAAAGAUCACAUUUGCCGAUGAUCUUAAGAUGUCUUCCACGAAUCCCAUCUCAUUCUUCGAUCAAGUUCGAUCAACUUAUCCAACUUUCAAAUCACCUGAAAUAAGUCUUGAAGAAUUUAAUCUAGAUCAACUUAUCGAUUUUCAUUUGAUCCAUAAUUCGAAUUAUCCUUUUGGGAUUCUAUCUGAUGAAGAAAAAAUUGAACCUAGUUUUAAAGAUUUGAUCACUUGGAAUGAAAUUGGAAAUGGGAUUCUUAAAGUAGUAGAACAACUUUCUCAAAAUAUCAAACGUUCUUCAACUUCAACACCAGAGAUUGUUGGUAUCAUCUCAUCAGAUGAGCCAUUAUCACAUUUUACUUUACUUUUAGGAAUAAUUAAAUCAGGUUUGAUCCCUUUUGUGAUUUCACCACUCAACUCACCUGAAGCUAUUGCUCAUUUACUUCAUCAUAGUGGUUGUAAAAAUGUCCUUGUUCAAUAUAACCCGAAGCUUUCCAUACAAAACCUAGACGAGAUUGAAAAACUUGCAAAAAAUCAAAUGGAAGAAGUGAUAAGGAUUUUAUUACCUGAUCACUCCAUUAAUUUACUUGAGUGUCUAGACACAUUUCAACUUUUCCCUAGAUUGUUCAAAUCGACUUCAUACGAGACCAAUCCAUCAAUUCCAGAUCAAUCGAUCAAAAUCUCAUCAUCAAAUCAACCUCGUCACGUUCACACACCCAUUAUCUAUUACCAUACAUCAGGUACCACAGGGUUUCCAAAACUUGUACCAAUCAAUCGACUCGGCUUCCAUGCUCUUCUCACCUCUGGACUUCAUACUGAUUUCCCUUGGUCAGAACAACUAAUUUCAGCAAUGACCUUACCACCUUAUCAUAACAUGGGAGCACAUGUCGGAUUGGAUUAUUCACUUUCACAAGGCGCUGUAUCUGCUUUUUAUAGACCUGAACUUGGACCCAAUGGUCGUUCGAGACUUAGAACUUUAGAUUCAAAAAGCAAGAUGAGAGCGAUGAGAAAAGUAGGAUGUACAGUCACAGUCUUCAGUCCACUGAUGCUAACAGAAUGGUCAAGGGAUUCAGAAAUGGUUGAUUAUCUUAAAAGUAAUCAAAGAGUUGCAUUUGGUGGUAAACCAUUAUCGAAAGAAAUCGGAAAUCAAUUAAAUCAAAAAGGGAUUAAAUUAAGUAACAUGUAUGGAGCAACUGAAGUAGGAGCUAUAGCUAAAUUAUUUUCUAAACAUCCUCUUGGAUCCAAUUGGGAAUAUUUUGAGUUAUCUUCACAAAUCAAAACUCAAAUGAAACAACAUGAUGAAAAUGUAUUUGAACUUGACAUACUAUCUUCUGAUCAACAUCGGUGUUCAUUAACCAUAAAUGAUGAUUUCAGUCCUCAAAUCUAUCAUACAAGAGACUUAUUAUCAAAACAUUCAAGUUUACCAUUAUAUCGAGUGGUAGGUCGUCUAAACGAUCAAAUCACUCUCAACAAUUCAGUAAAAAUAAAUCCGGCGGCAUUGGAAGCUAUCUUGACAAGUGAUCCAGUAAUCAAAAGUGCACUUCUCUUUGGUGAAGGUAAACCAAGAAUUGGAGCGAUCAUUGAAAUUGAUGAUGAUCAAAUAAAUAAGAAUCCGAUGAAUAAUUCUCAGUUUAUCGAACUUAUUUGGCCUUUAAUCCAAGUAGUAAAUCAAUCAAUUCCAAACCCACACAAAAUCAUCAAAAAGUCAAUCAUCAUAACAAAUUCAAAUUCAAAUCCAUUACCCAAAACAUUAAAAGGUACAAUUUCUAGACCAACUGCAUUAGAAUUUUUUUCCAAAAGAAUUCAAAACGUUUAUCAACAUUCUUCUUCUACUAUUACUUCCACUGAUAAUCAACAAGUUAAUCAAACUAAUAAUUUGAGAUUUGUAAAUUUCAAAGAAAGGAUUGAACCUUCUUGUGAGGUUUCUAGUUAUAAUACUCGAUUUCAUAAAACUUGAAUAAGAUUCAGAACCCAUCAAGCUUCAACAUAUAAACUUCUUCAAUCUUGCUUUUUAU